AGCCCGGCGCGGAGGCUCCUGGGCUGCGGCUCGCCUGGAACGGAAGCCGCCGCGGGACGCGGAGGAAGCCAGGAUGGCGACUCCGAGCGGGAAGGCUGUUACCCCCAACCCCCAGGUUUCCAAGAGGUCUCUCCCGAGAGAUGCUUCCUCCGAGGUCCCGAGCAAGAGAAAGAACUCGAACCCGACGUCGACACUGCCGAGGCCGUCCGGACUCUUUGUCGAAGGCUCAAUCGUCCGCAUCGCCAUGGAGAACUUCUUAACAUAUGAUAUCUGUGAAGUGUCUCCUGGGCCCCAUCUGAAUAUGAUUAUCGGAGCCAAUGGAACAGGGAAGUCAAGCAUUGUGUGUGCCAUUUGCCUUGGACUAGCAGGCAAACCCGCUUUCAUGGGACGUGCAGAUAAGGUUGGGUUUUUCGUGAAAAGAGGAUGUUCCAAAGGUUUGGUUGAAAUUGAACUGUUCAGAACUUCUGGAAAUCUUGUAAUCACUCGUGAAAUUGAUGUGAUAAAAAAUCAGUCCUUUUGGUUCAUCAACAAAAAACCUGUAACCCAGAAGAUAGUGGAAGAACAAGUUGCAGCCUUAAACAUCCAAGUGGGCAAUCUGUGCCAGUUCUUGCCUCAGGACAAAGUUGGGGAAUUUGCUAAACUCAGCAAAAUUGAACUCCUUGAAGCUACUGAGAAGUCAAUUGGUCCUCCAGAGAUGCACAGAUACCACUGUGAACUCAAAAACUUCAGGGAGAAGGAGAAGCAGCUAGAGACCUCUUGCAAAGAGAAAACUGAAUACCUAGAGAAAAUGAUUCAGAGAAAUGAAAGGUACAAACAAGAUGUGGAAAGAUUCUAUGAACGAAAACGACAUUUAGAUUUAAUUGAGAUGCUUGAGGCAAAAAGACCAUGGGUGGAAUAUGAGAAUGUACGUCAGGAAUAUGAAGGUGUGAAACUAAUUCGUGACCGAGUGAAGGAAGAGGUCAGGAAACUUAAAGAAGGGCAGAUUCCUAUGACGCGACGGAUUGAGGAAAUUGAUAGGCAGCGUCGCACUUUGGAAGUUCGAAUCAAAGAAAAGGCAACUGAUAUUAAGGAAGCAUCUCAGAAAUGCAAACAAAGGCAAGACUUGAUUGAACGGAAGGAUAGACAUAUUAAGGAACUUCAGCAGGCAUUAACAGUCAAACAGAAUGAGGAGCAUGACCGGCAGAGGAGAAUAAGUAACACCCGCAAGAUGAUAGAAGAUCUGCAGAAUGAGCUCAGGACUGCAGAAAAUUGCGAGAACCUUCAGCCUCAGAUUGAUGCCAUCACAAAUGAUCUGAGGCGCGUUCAAGAGGAGAAGGCCUUAUGUGAAGGCGAGAUCAUUGAUAAACAGAGAGAAAAGGAAAUGCUGGAGAAACAGAAACGAAGUGUGAGUGAUCAUAUCGUACGUUUUGACAAUCUUAUGAAUCAGAAGGAAGAUAAGCUGAGACAGAGGUACCGGGAUACGUAUGAUGCAGUCUUGUGGCUGAGAAAUAACAAAGAUAGGUUUAAACAAAGAGUCUGUGAACCCAUAAUGCUGACGAUUAAUAUGAAAGAUAAUAAAAAUGCAAAAUAUGUUGAAAAUCAUAUUUCAUCAAAUGACUUAAGAGCCUUUGUGUUUGAAAGUCAAGAAGAUAUGGAGAUUUUUCUCAGAGAGGUUCGUGACAAUAAGAAGUUAAGAGUAAAUGCUGUUAUUGCUCCCAAGAUUUCAUAUGCAGACAAAGCACCUUCAAGAUCUCUGAAUGAGUUAAAACAGUAUGGAUUUUUUUCGUACCUUCGAGAGUUAUUUGACGCACCUGAUCCUGUAAUGAGUUACCUUUGCUGUCAGUACCAUAUCCAUGAAGUUCCUGUGGGGACUGAAAGAACCCGAGAAAGAAUUGAACGGGUAAUACAAGAAACUCGAUUAAAACAAAUUUAUACAGCAGAAGAAAAGUAUGUGUUAAAAACUUCUUUCUAUUCAAAUAAAGUUAUUUCUAGUAAUACAUCCCUGAAAGUAGCCCAGUUCCUCACUGUUACUGUGGAUCUAGAGCAAAGAAGGCACCUGGAAGAACAGCUAAAGGAAAUUAAUAGAAAACUGGAAACAGUGGACUCAGGAUUGGUAGCCUUGCGUGAUACAAACAGGCGUCUUGAGCUCAAAGACAAUGAGCUAAGGCUGAAGAAGAAGGAGCUUCUUGAAAGAAAAACAAAAAAAAGACAACUGGAACAGAAAAUCAGCUCCAAGCUGGCAAGUAUAAGGCUGAUGGAACAGGACACCUGCAAUCUGGAAGAGGAAGAACGAAGAGCAAGUACCAAAAUAAAAGAAAUAAAUGUUCAGAAAGCAAAACUUGUUACUGAAUUAACAGGCCUUGUAAAGAUUUGCACUUCUUUGCAUAUUCAAAAAGUUGAUUUGAUUCUUCAAAAUACUACAGUGAUCUCUGAGAAGAACAAAUUAGAAGCAGAUUACAUGGCAUCAUCUUCCCAGCUGCGCGUCACAGAACAACAGUUCAUUGAAUUGGAUGACAACAGACAGAGAUUAUUACAGAAGUGCAAGGAACUUAUGAAGAGAGCUAGGCAAGUAUGUAACCUGAGUGCAGACCAAGCCGUUCCCCAGGAAUUUCAGACACAAGUACCCACCAUUCCAAAUGGACACAGCUCCUCACCCCCCAUGGCUUUUCAAGAUCUCCCAAACACAUUGGAUGAAAUCGAUGCAUUAUUAACUGAAGAAAGAUCAAGAGCUUCUUGCUUCACAGGACUGAGUCCUUUGGUCGUUGAGGAGUAUACAAAAAGAGAAAUAGAAAUACAGCAGUUAAAUGAAGAACUAGAAGGGAAGAAAGUUGAACUAGAUGAAUACAGGGAAAACAUUUCACAGGUGAAAGAAAGGUGGCUGAACCCCUUAAAGGAGCUAGUAGAAAAAAUCAAUGAGAAGUUCAGCAACUUUUUUAGUUCCAUGCAGUGUGCUGGUGAAGUUGAUCUUCAUACAGAAAACGAGGAAGAUUAUGAUAAAUAUGGAAUCCGGAUUAGAGUAAAAUUUCGCAGUAGUACUCAGCUGCAUGAAUUAACUCCUCAUCAUCAGAGUGGAGGUGAAAGAAGUGUUUCUACCAUGCUAUACUUGAUGGCACUUCAGGAGCUUAACAGAUGUCCAUUCAGAGUAGUUGAUGAAAUUAAUCAGGGUAUGGACCCAAUUAAUGAGCGGAGAGUAUUUGAAAUGGUUGUGAACACUGCCUGUAAAGAGAACACAUCCCAGUAUUUCUUCAUCACACCGAAGCUUCUACAAAAUCUUCCUUAUUCUGAAAAGAUGACAGUAUUGUUUGUCUACAAUGGUCCUCACAUGCUGGAACCAAACCGAUGGAAUUUAAAGGCUUUUCAAAGGCGUCGGCGAAGGAUUACCUUCACUCAACCUUCUCAGUGAAAGGAAAGGGAGGGGCCUUCUGAGGGUUUUUUUCGUCUAACUGUUUAUACGUGUCGCUCAAGUGAAUAAAAGUUAGCAGAUUUAUUGAAAGAGAAAGAUUGGUUAUUUUUGGAAACUUGCUUUUAAAGACAAAUAGGUUGUUGAAGUGGAGACCACAGUGACUCUGGAACGUUUUCUAGUGAAAACUAAGUCUUCAGUUUUGGUGGACCUUGUCGUCUUAGUCCUCUGAGCACGGGAUUGUUGUGUGAAGCUUUGUGCUGCCCCUCAGGUGUGGGGCCCACGUCUAGCUCAGCAUUUAGGAGGGGGAGGCAGGAAGUCAUGAGUUUGAGUAGUUUCAUGUGUCGUAACUGAAAGAGCUAUUUCUUGUUGCAAAUCACAGGUAUGGCAGAAUGAGAUUUUCUUCACAGAACAUUUACUAACUACAGAAGCACUGAGUGCUCGUUGCAGAACAUUCUGACUUUUGAAAGAUUAAAGGCAACUCAGAAUUAGAAGUCCCACUUUUCUUCCAGUAUUAUAUUUAGUUUUUAAAAACUAGUAUAGGAAUGUCUGCUUAAUAGAUGCUGAUUUACGGAAGAUUUGUUCAUUUCUUUGUGUUUAAAAAAAAGGUUCCCUUAUUUUUGUAGAAAAUAUGUUUUAGGCAACUUAUUGUUAUUUCAGAGAAUUGGGAAAACAUAUACACAUGGGGCUUCAAAAUGACAGGAGGCCUUUGAGAGGUCACAAGGUAAAGAUGAUACAGAAUGUGGCCCAAACAUUGGCAGAGUGAAAUCAAGUGACAGUAGUUAAAGUAUAAGUGUCGUAGUGGAGUUUUUAUGUUUGUUUGUUUGUUUGUUUAAUUUAAAGUCAAAUGUAUUUUACAUCUUAAAUUUCUAAAAAGCAUUUUUAUAAUUACUUUUAGUAAGAUUUUUCUUAAAAUUUCAUAUACGAGUUUUUACAAUUUGUAUUUGAAAUUUCUCAGUGCUAUGUAAAGAAUGUAGGCAAAGAAUUGAUUGGUUUCAAAUCCUGUUUUUAGAAUUUGUAAGUCCCCAAUAUUUUAGAAAAAUCUCAUCUAAAUGUUUUCUUCCAGCUCGAAAAUAUUAAUUGAAAGCCAUUUAUUUUUCUCUGAGAAUGCUAAUUAAUAUUCUGUUCUUUUAAAAACUAAAUCUUGAAAGAAAAUAGAAAUGUCUUUGAAUAGUGGACUGAACCAUAUCUUUGAUGGUACUGACAAAAUUAUUUUUUUGACUUGCUAGCCUGAAUAAAAUUUGGGCUUUGUAUAUUAUUGUAAUAGCCAAUGAAAUUUACAUUCUUAUUAGGUUAAAAAAUAAUGGAACAUGAGUUUAUGUCCUCUCACUUAGAAAUUUUUUUUUAGAAGGUGUAUUUCUUUUUAAAAGUUGUAAAAGAACCCUUCCCUCUUAAACUAAGUCUCAUAUAUGUACUAUAAAGAUAUUUUUAAUAACAUUUUUAUCAGCAUGAACAAGUCAAAAAAAUUAAAAACUUGGUAGCAUAUUAGUGAGAGGUAUUACUAAACAUUUGUGUUGUUGCUUGGAUUUCUGAUAUAAUAUCUUCACUGAUACGUGCUUGAUGUAGUUUGGUUUUAUCAUAUCAGUGUGAAAGAAAAACAAAACAUACUUAAAACUCACAUCAGCAAAUCCAUUUCAGUUUACAUAUGCCAAAAAUAAUUCCAUAUUAUGCUUAUAAGCUUUCAAAGAGCAAAAUUGAUGUUUGGUUUUAUAUUGAACUUUGGGCUGUGAAGGAUAAAUUAUGUAUCAUUUAUCAUAUUAAAAAUAGUCAAACAUAGUAUAAUGUCAUUUUCUGCAACUGUUGAUUUUUUUUAAUUACAUUCAAAUUGUAAAAAUCCCAAGUAAAAGCCUAAUUUGAUAAAUAAAAUAUUUAAAACCUGAUGGUUACAAAUAUUUUUAAUGACUAAAUGUUUACAUUGAUUUGCCUAAGGACAGUCUCUAUUAAAAGGUUUCUCAUUUUCAAAAAAACAAAAAGGGUUUUUUUUUGUAAGAUUUAUUUAUGUGAACAGAUGUUUUGCCUACAUGUAUGUCUGUAUACCUGGUACUUGCUAAGGCUGGAAGAGAGCAUCAGAUCUCCUAGGAGUGGAGUUAAAGAUAGUUGUGAGCUGCUAUAUGGGCGUUGGGCAUAAAAACUGGGUCCUAUGGAAGAACAGCCAGUAGACUUAACCUCUGAGCCAUCUCUCCAGUCCCAAAAAGAGAUUUCUUGCUGCUUUCCAAUAGCCUUGGACAUAAGCCUAUAGCAUGUGAGGGGCAUCACUUCACUCUUGUUUGUGAAAUUGUAAUUGAUUAAAACUAUGUUGUAAAUUCGACUUUGUUGGUAAUAAAUAUGUAUUUUUCCAUUGGUAUAGAUUA